AUGUCCGACUUCGAAGAUGAGAUGGACGUGGAUGCGCCCGCAGUGGACAACUCAAUUACUUUUGGCGGAGAUCAGAAGAAGGGCAAGCGGAGCGCUGCAAACCUACCAGUUGAGGCUGAGGAUUCUUUGCCAUGGGUGGAGAAGUACAGACCAAACUCACUAGACGAUGUCGAAGGACACAAGGACAUAAUAGCGACCAUCAACAAGUUCGUAGACUCAAAUCGACUACCCCAUCUUCUCCUUUACGGCCCUCCGGGGACGGGAAAGACGUCGACCGUCCUCGCACUCGCACGCCGCAUAUACGGGAACAAGAACAUGCGACAGAUGGUCUUGGAGCUGAACGCAUCAGACGACAGAGGUAUCGAUGUCGUGCGAGAGCAGAUCAAAACAUUCAGUAGCACAAAGCAAAUCUUCUCUGCAGCACCCAAGGCGGGAGACUCAUCCCUUGCGACAUUUAAGCUCAUCAUCCUCGACGAGGCAGAUGCUAUGACUGCGACUGCUCAGAUGGCACUACGACGGAUCAUGGAGAAGUACACUGCCAACACACGCUUCUGUAUCAUCGCCAACUAUACACAUAAGCUCUCGCCAGCUCUAUUAUCGCGAUGCACAAGAUUCAGAUUUUCUCCGCUGAAAGAUCAAGAUAUCAGGAAUCUAGUCGACAGGGUCAUUGAGGAGGAGAAGGUCAACAUCACACAGGAUGCCACCGACUCGCUUGUGACGCUCAGCAAAGGUGACAUGAGGCGAGCACUUAACGUACUACAGGCCUGCCAUGCAUCAAGCACUCCGCUUCAGACACCGGGCAAGCCUGCGCCCGACCCGAGCUCCAUCGUACGCGACCAGAUCACACAGACUACCAUCUACGACUGCAUAGCAGCUCCACACCCUUCGGACAUCAAGUACAUCAUCGAGACGCUACUAUCGAAGAACGACAUGACGGAGUGUUUGCGAACGGUCAAUAAUUUGAAGAUCAUGAAGGGACUUGCGUUAGCGGAUAUCCUGACGGCGAUUAGUGAGGACCUGGUCAGCAACGACGUUCCGCCGCAGGUCAUGGUGACAUGGAUGGCAGGUCUAGCGGACAUUGAGUACAGGUUGAGUGGAGGUGGAAGUGAGGCCAUACAGACUGGCGCAGCGAUCGGCGUUGUAAGGACGGGCGUGGAGUUGCUAGAGACUGGAAAGAAGUAA